AUGGAUUCUUCUUCUCAAAUCAGACCUAAGAAAUCGCUGCUAGUGGUCGGAGGUGGUUCCACUCCCGGUGACUCCUCCAAGCAGGGAGUCAAGAGACACCCGAGAAAUCAUGAUGACGCUGAUUAUAAUAACUUGUCUUUCAAGAAAUCGAGGACGAUGGUUAACCCUAAAAAACUCGUUCCAGAAACUCGGAAGCUUUCUAAACAGUUUUGGAAAGCAGGAGAUGACAAAGAAGAUGAGCAUGUACCUCACUAUUGUAGCAAUGGUGCGGCGGCGGUUAGGGUUCAUCCUCAAUUUCUUCACGCCAACGCCACUAGCCACAAGUGGGCACUUGGAGCUUUGGCCGAACUUCUAGACAAUUCUCUAGACGAGGCAUGUAACGGGGCAACAUAUGUUCACGUUGACUCAACAACAAACGAAAAAGACGGGAAGAGCAGCAUCCUCAUAGUUGAAGACGAUGGAGGUGGGAUGAAUCCGGAGAGGUUUAGAGAGUGCCUUUCUUUAGGGUAUUCAAGAAAACGCAGCAUGGCUAAUACAGUAGGUCAGUACGGGAAUGGAUUCAAAACCAGUACAAUGAGGCUUGGUGCUGAUGCGAUUGUCUUCUCACGUUGCCGAGGAACCAAUGGAAACAAUCCGACACAGAGCGUUGGUAUGUUAUCGUACACGUAUCUCUACGAGACGAGAAAAUGCGAAGCCAUUGUCCCCACGGUUGAUUUUGAGUUUGUGGGUAACGUGUGGAAGCCGAUAACCUACAACUCCACAGACGAGUGGCUUGAUAAUGUCGACACUAUAGAGAAGUGGUCUCCUUACUUGUCCCAGCGAAGUUUAUUCAACCAGUUUGAUUCCCUCAAAGAGCAAGGUACUCGUAUCGUUAUUUAUAACCUAUGGGAAGACGACGAGAGGAAGCUGGAGCUCGAUUUCGAAACAGAUCCUCACGAUAUUCAACUCAGAGGUGCAAACAGAGACAAGAAGAAGAUAAAGACGGCGAAAGAUUAUCCUAACUCGAGGCAUUUUCUAACGUAUCGACACUCGCUACGAAGCUACGCAUCGAUUCUGUACCUCAGGCUUCCGCCAAACUUUAGAAUCAUUCUUCGCGGCAAAGAGGUCGAACACCACAGCUUACUAGACGACAUGAUGAUGACCGAUGACAUAACAUACAGACCUGCGCGGUCUCCACCGGUAGAAAACUUGGUCGCUACGCUAAAGAUUGGGUUCGUGCAGGACGCUCAUCGUCACAACGACAUACAAGGGUUCAACGUUUACCACAAGAACCGGUUUAUCAAGCCGUUUUGGAGGGUUUGGAAUGCUGCUGGAAGCGAUGGACGAGGUGUGAUUGGUAUAUUGGAAGCUGACUUCAUACAACCAGCUCAUAACAAGCAGGGCUUUGAGCGAACCGCUGUUCUUGCUAGACUUGAAAACCGACUCAACAAAUAUCAGAAGAACUAUUGGUUUUCAAAGUGCCAGGAGAUUGGUUAUGCUCCAAGGCGGAAGCACAAUGAUCAUGAGAGCGUCACUCGACAGCCGGACCAGAGUGGCAACCACAUGAACCAUGAUAAGGGAUCUUUGUCUAAUGCAGCACCAGCUCGGUUCAGGCAGCAUGUUGAAUCAUCUGCUGGAAACCGAAACUCUCAUCAGGACAGAAAGAUAUCUGACAUCGGGGUUAAGAAGGGGAAACAUAGGCUUGGGAUAAGUUUGAAUGAAACAAGAUCAGCUAAUGAAGCAGACGAGUUGCAAGACGAAUCAGCAAAACGGGUGGCUGAUUUGCAGAGACAAGCUGAGAAUUCGCACAAGGUAAAAGAUGAAUUAGCAAAACUGGUGGAUGAGUUGCAGGAACAGAAAACACUGCUUGAGUCACAACUUAAGGAUUCAGAAGCCAAGGUUCAGGAUUUGGAGAAAUCACUCGAGGUGAAGGAUGAAUCAGUGGUUGAGCUGCAGAAACAGAAAGAAGUGCUCGAGUCGCAACUCAAGGUGUCAAAGGCUAGGAACCAAGAGUUUGAGAAGUCACAGAGAGCAGUGAUGGAUAUCUUUCAAGAAGAAAGAGCUCGCAGAGAUGUGACUGAGGAUGCCUUGAGGAAGAAACUACGGGGAGCUUCUGAUCAAAUCGAUACGCUAACCAUGAAGGCGAAUAGACUCGAAGCGGAAAAAGCAUAUUGUGAGAAGGUACACAUGCAUAUGGGUUAA